AUCGAGCUUGUGCAAAAUCUCUCGAAUUCAACGCUCAUCGCAAUGACUGAGCGAACCGUCCUCGUCACCGGUGCCACUGGCCUCCUGGGUCGCGAAGUUUCGGCUUCGUUUGGACUGCGGGGCUGGAAUGUCAAGGGAACAGGCUAUUCUCGCGCAGAUGGAAUCAGCACCCUCAAGGUUGAUCUCGGCAAUGAAUCUGAAGUAGCAAGCCUUCUUGAUGAGACCAAACCGCAGGUCAUCGUUCACUGCGCUGCUCAGCGAUUCCCAGACAAGGUCGACAAAGACCCAGAGGCUGCAAGAGCCCUCAAUGUGGCAGCGAGCAAGUCUCUCGCUCAGCUGGCAGCUGACAGAGACAUCUUUGUCAUUUACAUCUCAACCGACUACGUCUUCCCUGGCGUGCCAGGAGAUGCCCCGUAUGAAGCCGACGCCGAGCCGCGGCCGACCAACCUCUACGGCCAGACCAAGCUGGAUGGCGAGCGUGCCGUGCUAGAGACGUUCGCAAAGGCUGGCAAGGAGGGCUUGGGGGUCGUGCUCCGAGUCCCCGUCUUGUACGGCAAUGCUGAAACGCCAGCCGAGAGUGCCGUCAACGUUCUGAUGGAUGCCUUGUGGAAGGCUCAGACACAAGGGAUUGAGGUCAAGAUGGAUCAUUGGGCCAUCCGGUAUCCCACCAAUACCGAAGACAUUGGACGGGUCUGCCACGACAUCUCGGUCAAGUAUCUCGACACCGCACCUGGUGAUAGAGCUGGCCUCCCCCAUAUCCUCCAGUUCUCGAGCGAAGAUCGCAUGACAAAGUACGAGAUCGUCCAGCUGUUCGGAGAAAUUAUGGGCCUGUCGACGGAGGGCAUCAAGCCCAACACCGAGGGGAAUGAUCCAAAUGCCAGUGUCCAGCGCCCAUACGACUGUCACUUGAGCACAAAGGCGCUGCGGGACUUGGGGAUCGACGUUUCGGCGUGCGACUUCAAGGGCUGGUGGCGGCGCGAGGUUCGCGCGUUUCGCAAGUAA